GUUGAGAUUAGUGUUGACAUCCCCGUUAAGCAUCGAGCGUAUUUCGCAUUGAGCGCUUAACAUAAUUACCUGUUUAUUCAUUUAUUUAUUGAAACGCGAAGGGGCGAGUUGUGGAAUCGAGACGCUUACACUCGGUCGCAAUGCUGAUUAUUCAAAAUAAACAGCAUUAUCAAGCCGGCCUUUAUCUUUCCUUGUUUUGUGUGUCUAUAACAGACAACUCGUAGCACACUGGCCGAGUGAAGUUUUGUGAUUACUUUUAAUGGAAAUGGCGACAGCGCAGGAAGGUACUGCUCAACUAGGUGUCCCACCCCUAACCGUCAUAGAAGAACAUGGCCAGCGUGGAGAGAUCAAAAAAGGGUCAACUUCUUUUUGCUACGGAGUGGUUAAGGCGGUGGUUGCAGUCUUCGUUUACCUCUCGUUACUUUUUUGCUUGGUCGCCAGCAAAAUUUCCGUUUUAGUAAUUUCACAAGAUUUGACAGAAGGCAACGGCACUGAGAAGCAAUUUCAGACCCACCUUGAUGCGGACGGACGUCUGUCUAUGUUGAUGCUUCUGCUGAUAUUUUUAGUUCCUUAUGUGGUGACAUUUCUGUGGUGUCUCUGGUCGUCUGGGGUGCUGUUCACCAUGGCGGGCUGGCUGUGCUGCCGGUGUUAUUCCGAAGAGAACAACAUGGAUUUCGGCUUUAAACCAUGGCCUACUCUCUUAUCUUGCACCGUGGGGUUUGUGUCAAGUGUUUUAGAAGUUGGUGGACUCUGGAUUCUUGUCACCACUGUGUAUACUCAUGCGACAGGGAUCACAAGCGUGCUGAUGGGAACGUUCGCUUUCACAGCUUACAACGCCUGGAAUAUUCUUGACAACAUGAUGACGAGACGAAACAGAUCCCCAAACCCCGNUCUCUCUCUCGGACCAGAAAACCAUAAUUGUGAAUGUACCAAUUUUCAGGAAAUAAGAAUUAAAAUUAUAAUGCUUAUAUGUGCUUUGCCAGUGAAACUGAAGGCUGUGAAAUAA